UACAAAUAUGAGAAGGCUGAAGGGGAAUGCUGUGGCAAAUGUAUGCAGGUGGCUUGCGUAAUGAAAAUGAAGGACAGUACAACACAGAUUGUGCAGCCUGGUGAAACUUGGAGCCCAUCUAAUGAACCAUGUACCAAAUAUAAGUGCGAAAUUACUGAGGACCAGUUUAUCCCUACAGAAGUCCCAACAUCUUGUCCAAGUAAUGAGUGCCAAGUGGGAUUCAAGUAUGAAAAGGUUGAAGAGGAAUGCUGUGGCAAAUGUAUACAGGUGUCUUGCGUAAUGAAACUAAAGGAUAAUACUACAAAGAUUUUGCAGCCUGGUGAAACAUGGAGCCCACCUGAUCAACCAUGUGUGAAAUAUGAGUGUGAGAUUAUCGACGACCAGUUCAACCCAACAGAAAUCAGAAGAGCUUGCACAAUUGAAGACUGUCCACCAGGUUCCAAGUAUGAGACUGCUAAUGGGGAAUGCUGUGGCAAAUGUGUACCGGUGUCUUGUGUGAUGAAACUGAAGGACAACACUACAAAGAUUUUGCAGCCUGGUGAAACAUGGAGCCCACCUGAUCAACCAUGUGUCAAAUAUGAGUGUGAAAUUAUCGAUGACCAGUUCCACCCAACAGAAAUCAGAAGAACUUGUCCAAUUGAAGACUGUCCACUGGGCUACAAAUAUGAGACAACACCAGAAAAGUGCUGUGGAAGUUGUGUAAAAGUUGCAUGUGUUAUGACAUUGCCAGACGACUCUACUAAAAUCCUGAAGCCUGGAGAGGUGUACGUUUCGCCAGAAGACAAAUGUGUCUCACAUGAAUGUACCAGUUCCCUUGAAAUGAAAGAAGUGACCAAAACUUGCCCAGCUUUCAAUCCUACAAAUUGUUUGGAGGGUACAAUCAGGAGCACAGAAGAUGGUUGCUGCAAGACUUGUGAAGACGGUCUGAAAGGAUGCCAGGUUCAUAAACAAUCCCGUCAAAUCAAGUCUGGAACUUGUGAAUCAGAUCAAGUUGUAGAAAUUUCAUACUGUGGAGGAGGCUGUAUGACAUCAUCCAUGUACUCUGUUGAUGCUAACAAAAUGGAGCACAAGUGCAGCUGUUGUCAAGAAGUAAAAACAAGCAAGAAGAAAGUGAAUCUGAAAUGUCUGGAUGGAACCAGUACUGUCUACACCUACCUCUAUGCUGAAGAGUGUGGUUGUGCCACCACAGAAUGUGAUAAGGACACUCAAACCUCCAUAUCACAGCAAGAACAGGAACAUGGCAGCCAUGAACAUGGCAGCCAUGAACAAAAGCAGCAAAAAAUCAACUGA